AUGGCUUCUCUCAUUCGCCACACGCGCCCCAGCACUCCACUACUGACCAAGCACACAAAUCUACACUUCUCUGCCAAGCAUGCGAGAUCCCUUAUGGGAUUGGGCGAGAUCGCUGGGGUUGUCGCAAAUCCAGCCGAAACGCUUCGCCAACUCAAUGAGUCCAAGGAAAUGCUCCGGAAGGCAAAGGAAGAUCACGAGCUAACGCAGGAAGCAAAGAAGAUACCUCGAAAGCACACGUUCUCAAAGCUACCUGGAUUUCAUGGCAGAAAGAAUGAGCAGGCGCUUUUCAGGCGCAUUCUAUCAAAUGAUCCACGACUUAGUGUUAUCUUCGGAGCAACGUCCGUUGGCAAGACUGCUUUGUUGAGAGAGGUUCUGGCUACUGAUGAUUUCUACGUGAUCAAGUUCGAUCUCAGGAUCAGCGGGUUUGCGGAUCUCAGGACGUUGUAUUUGACAUUGUGUGAGCAGUUUGAGAGGUUCUUUGAGGAGAUGCAUGAUGAGGAGAUGGAUAAGAGUAAGCUGACGUUCAAGCAUUUGGUCUUGGAGCUGAAUGAGAAGGAGAGUACGGAGAAGGGGUAUACAGUCACUGUGGCGGAUCUUGCGAGUCUGAUGGAAUCGCUGCAGAGCUGUCUGCUAAAGUACUGGGAGUACGAUCCUGAGAGUCAGAAGGAAGAGAAGCAGACAGAGGACUCUCACCUGGAUCAACCUGCUGAGCGAAGGGCUGAUACGAAGGCUGAACAGAAGCAGGGCGAGGCUUCGAAAGACAAGCCAGCUUUCAGGAAGAAGCCUAUAGUCUUCCUGCUCGACGAGGCUCAUAAGCUGCCUGCACUGGUGGACGACUUGCUUUCACUAAAGGCCUUCCUCGAUUGCCUUCUUGUCCUGAGUAAGCAAGAUCGCCUAUGCCAUGUCAUCCUUUGCACUUCCGACUCGUUCUUCCAACACUUCCUCCGGCAAAUGAACAUCGGCCAUCACGCCCAGCUCAUGACCAUCGGCGACUGCACGAAGGAGGAAACUCUCCUAUACUUCCUGGACCAAAUGCUCUCUUCAGUACCUCAAGACCUAGCAGGCAAAUUAGCCUUCGACCCCAUCUACGACGCCUUUGGUGGCAAGCUCAGCCACAUUAACGAUUACAUCGCAUCCUGGGCCAACAGCGGCGGCACUCUAACACCAGAGACCUCAGCAAUCUUCAUUCAAGCCUACACCCUCCUACAGUUCCACUUGACACGCGCGGACUUUCAGACUUUCUCACCCUUGUCAACAGCCACAGACGGAACCAGCACUGAAGACGAUGGCCAGAAGUUCUCGCCGGACAAUCUGCUAUAUGUCAUGAAAAAGAUGGUUAAGGAGCCGUAUUCGUUGCCUUACUUCAAGCUCUGCAGGGACAUUGGCACUGCUCAGGUUGAUAGUAUGAUUAAGACUAGGAUUCUGGAGUUGAGGUGGAUCAGGAGUGUGACUGACGAGCACGAAGGAUCGCCGGAGCACGUGUGGAGUAAGGAUGGGGUGGAGAGGCCUGUUGUUAUGCCUAUGACGAAAAUUAUCAGGAAGGCUAUGGAAGUCAUACUGAAGGAGGAGGGUGAGACAGAAUGA